AUGGUCGUCUACUACGCAUGGUUCGGGAGCGCGCUGCGGAGCAAGCACCUGCGAUUGGUCAGCAAGGAGGAACCGGUGAAGGAGGAGCUGGGCACGAGGCUCCAAUUGCCGGCCCGCACCAUCCGAGCGGAGCUGCUGACCAUUGGACAGGAGGUCCACAUGGCCACGUUUGCCGCUCACGUGCUGAAGGGUCUGCCACCAGAGUACGGGUUCCUUUGCCGCAAGCUCGACAUCUCCAGCCCCGACAUGACGGUGGAACGAGUGUGCAGCGAGGUGUUGAUGGAGGAGCAGACUCUCUCCAUCGAACACAGUUACAAGCAGAUCACCAGCGAUGCAUCUUCUUUCUUGGGCGAUGUCAACACGAUCGUGGCUACAACGGGGGUCAACAACGGGAAGGAAGGAAAAGGGGGGAAGGAGCAGACGGACAAGAAGAAGGAUGACAAGCGGGAGAAGAAGCGAGGCCCCUUCAAGGGGCGCUGCUACAACUGCAAUGAGGAGGGGCACAUGGCUGCCAAGUGCCCCAACAAGAAGAAGGAUGCAACGAUCGCGGCAGCCGCGAACGUUGCUGAAGGCGACGGGAAGGGCGUGGUGCUCACCGUUGCGUGUUCGGCUGCAAAGCUGCUGGCCGAUGACAAGGACAUGUGGUUCCUUGACUCAGGAUGCUCCCAAUACAUGACCGGCCGCAAGGAGUGGUUCACGGUGAUCCGUGACCCAUCUGCAACGAAAUCAGCCAACUUGGUCUCCCCUGGGCAGCUCUUGGACAACGGAGCAAAGCUGCAAACCGAGGAAGGUGUCACUCGCAUCAUCACAUCAGGAGGUCAAGUGCCUGAAACGGCACGAUACUGCCAUCGCCUUCACUGCCUUGACCUGAAACCGGGGCCAGCAAGGAACGGUGCAACGGCUGCAGCGGCAUGCAACGGCACGGCGGCUGCAUCGGCAUGCAAUGGCACGGCGGCUACAACGGCAAGCAACGGCACGGCGAAGGAGAUUGCUGAUGUGGCGUCAAGCAAGCCGGAAGCUAACGAUGGAGCGGCCAGCCUCAAGACUAACGCGGUGGGCUCCAAGGCAACGCCCAACCUGUGGCACGCUCGCCUUGGACACGUCCACUUCGAUGCGGUGAAGCGAACAGCCACGAGCGGUGGCGUGUUCGGUAUGGACCUGGAGAAAGGAGCUCCUCCCAUCCAGCCCAUUCCACAACCCCCACGUCGCUCUAGCAGGCCUAACAAGGGGGUGCCACCCGUACGGUUCCAGCCAUCAGCCCUGACGGCCCAGGAUGCGGACGAUGAGGAGAACCCGUACGACAUGGCGUACCUUGCUGAGGACGACUGCGACACGGACAGCGAUGACGAAGUGGAGUACCGAACGAGGAUGAGGAGGAGGAAGGCGCUUGGGGAGGUGUCAUCCUCGACCUGGCAGCUGCGUUGA